UCCAAGCCCAACUUUCUGACAUGUUUCACUGCCACAUGCACAUGCUUCCCUUGCUUCUCCAAGCUCAAAUGGGUCACAGCAAGAAUCCAGGAUCAACACAAAAAAGUUGGUCUCCAUGGACAUCAAAAGUUGGAUUCAUGGUGUUGGCUUUGUGUGCAUGCAUGGUGACAUCAGAGGAGAAAAUUGAAGACCCUUUAAGUGGUUCAUUGUGCAUAAGUGAAUGUGCCUCAUGUCCUACAAUAUGUUCACCACCCCCUCCUUCACUUGCAUCAUCAUAUUCAAACCAUCCACCCCCUUCACCUCUUACACCACAACCACACCUUACACCUCCUCCACAACACCCUACAACACCAUCAUUGUCAUAUCCACCCCCUCCUCCUCUCUUAACAUCAUACCCUUCCCCUCCUCCACUAUUAACAUCAAAUCCACCACCUCCUCCACUUCUAACAUCAUUUCCACCACCAUCACUCUUAACAUCAUAUCCACCCCCUCCACCACUUCUAACAUUUCCUCCACCAUCACUAGUGCUACCACCUCCAGAAAAGCAUUCACAACCUCCUCCAUCAACCCCUUCAUCAGGAACUACUCCUCCUCCACCACCUUUGAAGUCUAACAAUCCCCCCUCAGGUUCAGGACAACCUACAGUAGUUUCUGGACCUCAUGACUAUCCCUAUCCUUAUUACUACUAUUAUACCUCAUCUGCAUCUUCUUUUUCUCUUCAUGUUAUGCCUUUCUUCCUCUUAGUGUCCUUCCUUCAUGGGGUGUUCUUUUGAUGGUGAGCGAUAAAGAUUCUAUUCCGGUAAGUUUCUUCAUAAGCAUUUCUAAAAGAGGAAAAUAUAGGAAGAAAAGUAGGUUUCUUCAUAAGCUAAUGUAAAGAAGUUUUUUUAAAUUAAUUUCUUCAAAAUCUUAUUUUUAACUCAUGUAUAAGUUAAUUUUAGUUUAUGGAGAAGUUUAUUAUGAUUUUUCUUCUUAUUUUUUCUCUCUUAGAAAUGCAUAUGCAGACACUUAUCCAAACAUGUCCAAACAAGUAUUUGUUUAUAGUGUACAGCAAUGUUUUAUGAAAAUGCUGGAUUAUUUGUUGGGAAAAUGCAGUCAUGCAGAGUAUCAUAUAUGUGAUUACUAGCAGUUAGGAUAUUUUCUUUGUGAAUUGUGUCAAAUUCAAGUUUAUAAAUGAUUGAUUAUUUUUCUUUAUGUUAUAUACAAAGGCUUGUAUUUUUUUUUUUUUACCCAAGCUAUGAGAGUUCUGUACAGAAAGCAAGCACCUUAUGUUAAGAAAUAGUUGUUCGUUUCGUUUAAACAUGCAAAGUGAAAACAAAUAUAACGCUAUUGAUCUAUAAAUUUG